AUGACGUACCGUGGAGCUGUAAGUCAGAAUCCACGUAAUAAAACUUGGGGACUUGAACUUCUAAUCUCUAUGUCACAUAGCGGAUUAAGAAGGUUGGAAGGCUUGGGAGGUCAAAAGGAGUCCUUGCCCUACACCGUAACUGAGCACGACACUCGGAAAGGGUACGAUACUGGGCGAGCGUUUAGGGUUGAAUACUUGGGCAGUGCUUCCCUGCUACUAGCAACUGCAAUCCACGAAGUCGGGCAUUCGCUUGGUUUACCACAUGUGUUCAAUGACGCAAACAGCGUGAUGUACCCGAUCCUUGUCGAAGGCCAGCACUUCACCCCACGAGAUAUACAAACGAUACAGGCAAUGUAUGGACCACCUAUUUCGCAAAGGCAUAAGCACCCAAAACCCACUAUAGAAACGACAGAGGAAAGAAAUAGUCAAGAAGAAGAAGACGAAGAAACUGAGCGAGAGAAGCACGAAGAGGACUUGGAUGAGGUACCCCAGCCAUGCUUUUCGGGUGCUGAUGCUACCACAACCUAUCGAGGAGAGUUUAUCGUUUUCAAGAAUAAAUGGCUGUGGCGAGUGGUGAAUGGCGGGCAAACACUCUAUGGGCCAAAUUUGAUCUCAGAUAUUUUCCCGGGAUUACCCGAAAAAAUAGACGCUGCUGUCGAAGUGCAUGGACAAAUAUGGAUCUUUGCUGGUCAGCGUUACUGGAUUUUCUCUGAACGGCGUCUUUUGCAUGGGCCCAAACCGUUAACACAUUUGGGAAUCCCGGAAAACGUGCCAAGAAUUCGAUUAGCUUAUCGCUGGCAUUAUUUUGAUCCACCCGCAACGUAUCUCUGGGCAGAGGAUGAGUACUGGAAAUUAGACGUGAGGACCAAAAAGGUCGAGAAUUCCUAUGCUCGACGUAUUGAUUUGAACUGGAAGAACGUUCCAGAUGGAGCCACAGCAGCAUUCAGCAAGGAAAAAGAAUUAUACUUCAUACGCAACGAUCUCGUAUACCGGAUGAACACUACAGACUACCGACUGCCCGUCUCUAAAGGAUACCCUAUAACGAUCUCAGAAUUUUGGGAUUUUUGCAAGAGUGAAAGUUACUCGCGACACCAAGCUUCACCACAGACAAGUGCUUCACAAGCGCUCACAAUCGGAUUGAUAUUCGUUAUUUUUUGCUUCGUUCUAGUCUAAUUUCAUACAGCGAACGUAUCAGCCUUGAAAAGCAUUCCAUGUGGUAAUGGAAAAAUCGGGUUUCAAGCAAAUUCACGGGUCGCGCAGCAUCGAUUGCCCUAUCAGGGCAUAUUGCCUUCCUUGCCAUAGUUUAGGUAAUGAUUUUCACAGAAAUUUUUGUAUGGAACAAUUGUUAUACAGACGUCUGUUCAUACGUGAUUGUCCGCGUCGUGUCGGCUGCACACAUACUCGCGAGCGGUUGAAGCUCCUGUGCGCUACAGUGACCUGCUC